UCAAUUAUCAAACACUGGGAUUUGGUCACGCUGCUUCUUCUUCAGAAACAAUAAGCCAAACCCUAAUAAGUCCCUUCCCUCUUUCUCAAGAAAUCCAAAAUAUCCAUCUUCUUAUAUGAAGACUAUGGUGUUAUCUUCUUCUUCUUUUAACUCCUCUACCAUUUUAGAACGACCUCUCAAGUUCGCAGUACUUGGUGCUGGUUUUGCUGGAUUAUCUGUGGUUUGGAAUCUUUUACAGCAUACUUCUAAGGACUCGCGUAUAUGCAUUGAUAUCUACGAUGAAACCGGCAUUGGAGGUGGUGCUUCUGGGAUUUCCGGAGGACUUCUUCAUCCUUAUUCCCCUAAAGUUUGUUGCAGCUAAGCUUCUAUGGAAAGGCGCAGAGUGCUGGAAAGAGUCUUUAGAUUUGUUAAACAUUGCUGAGAGGGCUAAUACUUCGAAGGAUCCCAGCAUUGAAACACAAAAUUUGGUUUGGAGAAGGGGAAUCUUGAGACCGGUAAUAAACACAAAGAAAAUGGAUAUAUUGAAAGAGAAUUCCCAGAACUUCCUUGAGAGUUGCAGAUUACUUUCCAUAGAUAAAUAUGGUGCACAAAAACUUGUACCUGACAUAUGUGUGCCUUUGGAUUCUGCCAUCUAUAUGCCUCAAGCUGUUAAUGUCCAUCCACCGCGAUAUCUUCAGGCACUAUUCACAGCUUGUAAAAACCUAGUGAAUGAUUUGGCUGCGUUGGGCUAUGACACAAAAGAGAUAAACUUGCUCCAAAAGUCUGUUCAUUCACUCCUCGAACUAUCAGGGGAAUACGACGCAGUGAUUGUGUGUCUAGGUGCUAAAGCAGACAUGGUUCAAGAACUUUCUGGAAGGAUCCCUUUGAGGACAUGCAGGGGUGUAGUCGCUCACCUUGAGUUGCCUCAUGAUGUCAUGGGGAAAGAAUAUGGAGAUCACAGCCCGUCUAUCUUAUCAGAUGCAUGGCUAGCAAUCCAAGGUCCACGAAAGUUCACUGUCUAGCUAGUAGUUCCGGUUACUUCUCACUAAGCAAGGUUCAAGACCUCAUGGACAUCAUUGCCUAAAUGGUAUUUUCCGUACUCUGAUUUUUCGUUUUUUACCGAUAUUUCAUUCA